AAGCAUCUCAUUGCGCAUGCGUAUUUCACCUAUGGACCGGUUUUGUAGCCUGAUGUAACUCGGAUGAAUUUUACAAAAUUGGUGUUCAGUUGUUCACGACUUAUGCUUACAAUACUGAACUGAGUUUCUCCACUACAGGAAAGCAUUGGAGACAUGAUGCAGGUGUCAUCAGCUCAUCUCCUUGGUUUAGCCAGGACUGCAUCAUCUGUAUCAGUUCCUCUGCAACGGGGCAUUCUCCAUAACAACCUGCUUCAGAGAAUCACCUCCUUGAAAUCUGAUCAUCUCUUCCACUCAACCAGUGCAAUGAGGAAUCCUCUACAUAGAUCCCAUAUUUCACUUUUCAAAGCCAUGACAUCACACCAAGGAUGUGUAAGAACUUCUCAAAGUGCCCUCAAACCCUCGUCUCACUUUGGACAAGGAUGCCGUCUAGCUCACACCUCCAAACCAUUGGGUUGCAUGAGUACCACAUCAAGACUCUCCAGGCCCAAUGAAGGUCAAUAUCUCUUCAGGAACUGUCCACUUUAUGCCACAAGAGGUCUUUGCGUGGCAGAACCGGUGCGUUUCAACAGCUCGCAGAGUAGGAGCCAGACUAGGAGUGCAUGGCGGGAGAGGAAUAAAUCUGUCAUGCUCUAUGUAGUUGCUGGAGCUGUCCUUGUGGUCGGGUUUUCAUAUGCAGCCGUUCCCCUCUACACAGUAUUCUGUCAGGCCACAGGAUUAGGAGGUCAGGCUACUGCAGGUCAUGACACUGAGAAGGUGGAGACCAUGGCUCCAGUGAGAGGUAGAGAGCUCGUGAUCCGAUUCAACGCAGACACUGCUGCCAGCAUGAGAUGGAACUUCAGACCUCAACAGAGUGAAGUCAAGCUUGUCCCUGGUGAGACGGCGCUGGCCUUCUACUCAGCCAUGAACCCUACAGACAAGCCCAUCGUUGGCAUCUCAACGUACAACGUGGUGCCUUUCGACGCAGGACAGUACUUCAACAAGAUUCAAUGCUUCUGCUUUGAGGAACAGCGGCUGAACCCUCAUGAACAGGUGGACAUGCCUGUGUUCUUCUACAUCGAUCCAGACUUUGAUGAAGACCCAAAGAUGGCAAAGGUCAAUAACAUUACUCUGUCAUAUACCUUCUUUGAGUCAAAGGAGGGGCUGGAGCUUCCAGACCCAUGGUCAAGGCCGGAAUGACCAUCAGAAUGAACAUCACAAUGAUUAUCAGAAUCAGCGAUCAUCAAUUAGAAAGACCAUCAGAAAACCAUCAGUUUGACCACCAGAAUGUCAUCAUUAUUAAUGGCCGUUGGACUGGCCGUCAGAGUGACCAUCAAAAUGACCAUCAGAGUGAAUAUCAAAAUGACCACCAGAGUGACCAUCACAAUGACAAUCACAAUGAUAGUCAGAAUGGCUAUCAGGAUUACCAACAAUGAACCACCAGAAUGAUCAACAGAACGUCCACUAGAAUGAUUAUCAGAGUGACCAUCAGAGACUGACCAUGAGAGUGACCAUCAAAAUGACAAUCACAAUGAUAGUCAGAAUGGCUAUCAGAAUGACCACAAUGAACCACCAGAAUGAUCAACAGAACAACCACUAGAAUGAUUAUCAGAGUGACCAUUAGGCUGGCCAUCAAUAACGAAGAUCAAAAUGACAUUUUUUAGAAGAAAAAGUUAAUUUGAUUAUGAAUUAUUGUCAUUAUUCUGUGAUAUUCAGUAAUAUAUAUUAGACACAAAUUGAAUGGGUAUAUAACUCUGGACUUGCCCUGCAAUGCUCCGUCCAUCUUUUCAGUACAUAAUAAAUACAUCUACUGAUAACAGUCUGUUUUCAGAGCCAGAAAGUGUGUCAAUUACGAAGUAUAUGAGUUAACGGCUUAACGCCUUUCUAGCUCCAAACAGGUAUGACGAUAUGACUGUUCAUUCUCAGGUGUUUUUCCAAGGGCAGGUCCACACACGAGAGUCAUCUGGGGCCCGUUUCACAAAGCCUUUUUUCAAUGACAAAUGUCAAAAAUCAGUGACAAAUCUGCUGAUAACCAA